AUUGAAUUCACCUUUGUAUUGAAGCAAUGCAGACGUUGAUAGAGGAUGGCUGGUGGCGAACAAGUGAACUUGGCACCGGGAAGUUCAUUUCCGUUUUAUAGACUCGUUCUUUUUUCCGGGGAAUAAUCAUAACUACGGAAAAAACAAAAAAGUCACAAAUAAGAACACCGCAGCUGAUCAACGACAUCCGCUGGUUGUCAUUCCCGUUGCUACACCAGGAAAGAAUUGAGUGACACCAUAAGAGUUUGUCUCACGGAAAUGAGGCAAUGAGAAGGAAUCAUUCUUCAUUAAAACUCAAACUCAAGAACCCCCGAAACUUCCUUAUGAAAAGUUCAUGAACAACAACUCUUGUAUGAAGUACAUAUACGGACGUUGAUUUGAUCAAUUGUCAUUUGAAUUAAUUUUCAGGUGGUAUGCGAGUCUCAUAGCAACACACAAAUCGUUUGAAAAAUGUUUACGUUCUCUCCGAUAAGGGCCUGAAAUGAAGAUAAGGCUAUCGCAAGGAACCAAUUGACCCUCUUAGCCCAACGUGUUUCAACAACGCAUUGUCAGCGUCAUUCGUCAUCUUCACAUCCAGUAAAGAGCCCGUGUAUUUCGUAUGAGAGUGCAUUCUGUUGGAUAUUACAAACUGAGUAGUAUAUACACCAAUAUGACAGCGUUGUUCUCCUCCCCUCCUUUCCUCGCUCCUAACAUACCCACAUCUGUCUGCGACUAUUGUGGGUGGAUAUCCUGUGUGAGGCUCUCUGUGAAGUUGUCGGUGAAGCUGUUUGAAUACGCCUACCGUUAAUGACAUUAUGCCGAUAAUCGACAACGAACUGGUUGGCGAGGGCGUCAUUGACAGCGACGGGCAGUUUCAUCCAUCCCGCUACGUUCCUUCAAUAACCGGCGAAAACAUUGUCCAGAAAAUUCAAGAAAAUGUAGCCCUUCACGGUAACCUCACUUGGAUGACGGAUUUAAGCACGGGGAAAUCGAUGACUUACUCUCAACUAGCGGUUGCAAUUGACCGAUUGCACAUCUCGCUUCGGAGAAGAGGAUUGCGACCUAGGGACACCGUAGCGCUUGUCGGAACCAAUCGCAUCGAAAUACCGAUUAUUUUCUUUGCCGUGUGGAAAGCGUGCGGAAGUUGUUCCGGAUUGGACAUUGGUUUAUUUCCUGAGCAAAUUCGAAAUCGGCUGAUUGAAACAAAGUGCCGGUUCAUCAUGACGGAUGAACCGAGGGCCGACAAGGUUUUGCAAGCCGUCCAGGGCUUGAAUAUUCAGGUGUUUGUCUUUGGCCAGGCAGAAGGUUGCAUCCCGAUUACGCAACUAUUCGAACCCCAGCAAGAAAAAUUUGAACACGAUGAAUUCGAGUUCGACGUGCUUGCUCCGGCAUGGUUCACUUAUUCCAGCGGUACCACCGGCAUCCCCAAAGGCAUCGUGCACACGCACUACUCGCUGAGCCCCUAUUUGCGACCGACCGAUGACAAGAAUGAGCGGAUGGAAUUGGUGGGGCAAAAGUUGAUGUUCACCGGUUCAAUGGUUCACGGUUCGGGUUUGUUUAAUUUCACGAGGGGUACGGUUGAACAUAAAGUCAUGUUCACCUUCUCCGAUCCGAAAUUGGAAGCAAUUCUUCACGGGAUUAAUUUGAUUAAGCCUACUGUAAUUAGUAUUUUCCCAUAUGAACUGGCUGGGAUGUGUAUCCACCCCGAACUUGAAAAAUACGACCUCAGCAGCGUUGAAACCCUUAUUUACUGCGGCUGCUCAAUCUUGUCAACCUUUGAACGUCGUAUUUUUGAAAUUAUGUCAAAUCUCCACAAUCUUAUCAGCAUGUAUGGCAUGUCAGAAACUAUGUUACUUACUCUGGAUAAGCCAAAACCCAAAUCAGCUGUCAAGAUGGACAGAGAAGAGAUCAUUAAAAAUCACAAAAUCGGUUCCUCUGGUCAGGUUUUACCGUUCGCCAAACUAAAGAUUAUUGAUUCAAAUACCGGUGAAAAACUGGGACCAGGCGGAGUCGGCGAAGUAGUUGCCAAUACGCCGUUCCUCAUGAGAGGAUAUCUCAAUCAACCGACGGAAGUAACUGAUGGAUGGUUCAGCACCGGAGAUCAAGGCUAUUACGACACUGACGGUGACCUCUUUGUUAUCGGACGCUACAAGGAAAUGAUCAAAUACAAAGCGAAAAAGGUGGCUCCGAGCAAGAUUGAAACACAAAUGAUGACUCAUCCAGCCGUGAAAGAUGUGGCCGUGAUCGGAUUGCCUCACGACAUCGACGGGGAACAUCCGCUGGCUUAUGUAGUCAUCAAAACUAACCAAGAGGGUCGACCGCUUGCCAACCCUCAGGAAUUAAUCGACUUUACAAACGAAAGAGUUACCGAUAGCGAAAAAUUGAGGGGAGGUGUCCGCUUCAUCGAGAGCAUUCCGCGCAACAAGUUGGGCAAAAUCCUGAGACACCACCUCGUCGCAAAGCUCCAAAGUGAAUUGAAUGGCGCGAUUUAAUUUCCCUAGAAGAAAAUGGAUAUCAUAAAUAAAACUGUUCACAGUCA